AUGAUGAGGAACAUUCCGCUUCCCUACGCCAAUGCCAUAAGGAGGAUAUGUCUCAACGGCGUUCCGGUCUUUGCCAUAGACAAGGUGUCGGUGAGGGAGAACUCCUCGGUCAUGGCAGACGAGGCCCUCGCCCACAGGCUGGGGCUGAUUCCGCUGAAGACAGAUCUCACCGAGUUCAAGGAGCUCAAAAGCGUGGAUACCGAUCACGACACCAGCAAGGUGAUGCUGAUACUGGACCUGGAGGAGUCUGACGCCACCAGGACCGUCCUCUCCGGCGAGCUGACGUCUGAGGACAGGUUUGUAAAGCCUGUGUCUGCUGAUAUCCCGAUCGUGGUUCUGGCACCGGGGCAGAAGGUAUGGAUAGAUGCCUACGCGCGCCUGGGGCGCGGCACCGAGCACGCAAAGUGGAACUCGGCAAACAUCGCCGUGCUGACCGAGACAGACGAGGACGAGGAGAGGAUCCUGACCGUCGAGUCCACCGGGGCGCUACCGCCGGAGCAGAUCGUACUCUCGGCAGUAGAAGAGCUCUCAAACCGAAUAUCCGGCUUUAAAGAGCUGGUAAGCCAGGUGGCAUAA